GUUCUCAAGCAUCUGCGUCACUUAAAUUUCACCAAUAACAUGGGGGAGCAAGUGGAUUUUGAUGAGUUUGGGGACCUGGUAGGGAAUUACUCAAUAAUCAAUUGGCAUCUCUCUCCGGAGGAUGGCUCAGUUGUCUUUGAAGAGGUUGGGCACUACAACGUUUAUGCCAAGAAAGGGGAAAGGCUCUUUAUCAAUGAAAACAAGAUCCUGUGGAGUGGAUUCUCUAAGGAGGUGCCUUUCUCUAACUGCAGCAGGGACUGCCUCCCGGGCACCAGGAAGGGCAUUAUUGAGGGAGAGCCCACCUGCUGCUUCGAGUGCGUGGACUGCCCCGACGGGGAGUACAGUGAUGAAACAGAUGCAAGUGCCUGUGACAAGUGCCCUGAGGAUUACUGGUCCAAUGAGAACCACACGUCCUGCAUCCCCAAGCAGAUAGAGUUUCUGUCCUGGACAGAGCCCUUUGGGAUCGCUCUGACUCUCUUUGCUGUGCUGGGAAUUUUCCUGACUUCUUUUGUCCUGGGAGUCUUCACCAAAUUUCGCAACACGCCCAUCGUCAAGGCCACAAACCGGGAACUGUCCUACCUCCUCCUCUUCUCCUUGCUCUGCUGCUUCUCCAGCUCAUUGUUCUUCAUUGGUGAGCCCCAGAACUGGACUUGCCGUCUGCGGCAGCCAGCGUUCGGCAUCAGCUUUGUCCUCUGCAUCUCCUGCAUCCUGGUGAAAACCAACCGUGUCCUGCUCGUUUUCGAGGCAAAGAUCCCCACAAGUCUCCACCGAAAGUGGUGGGGCCUCAACCUCCAGUUCCUCCUGGUCUUCUUGUGCACAUUCGUGCAGAUUGUCAUCUGUGUGAUUUGGCUCUACACGGCCCCGCCAUCCAGUUACCGAAACCAUGAACUGGAGGAUGAGAUUAUCUUCAUCCCCUGCCACGAAGGCUCCCUGAUGGCUCUUGGCUUCCUCAUUGGCUACACCUGCCUCCUGGCAGCCAUCUGCUUCUUCUUUGCCUUCAAGUCUCGAAAGCUACCUGAGAACUUUAACGAGGCCAAGUUCAUCACCUUCAGCAUGCUGAUCUUCUUCAUCGUCUGGAUCUCCUUCAUCCCUGCUUAUGCCAGCACAUACGGCAAGUUUGUCUCUGCUGUGGAGGUGAUUGCGAUACUGGCUGCCAGCUUUGGGCUCCUGGCCUGCAUCUUCUUCAACAAAGUCUACAUUAUCCUCUUCAAGCCCUCCCGCAACACAAUCGAGGAGGUGCGCUGCAGCACGGCUGCCCAUGCUUUCAAGGUGGCUGCCAGGGCCACGCUGAGACGGAGCAACGUGUCGCGCAAACGCUCCAACAGCCUGGGGGGCUCCACCGGCUCCACCCCUUCCUCCUCCAUCAGUAGCAAGAGCAACCAUGAAGACCCUUUUCCUCUACCAGCCUCUGCUGAGCGGCAGCGCCAGCAGCAGCGUGGGUGCAAGCAAAAAGUCAGCUUUGGGAGCGGCACGGUCACCCUGUCGCUGAGCUUCGAGGAGCCGCAGAAGAACGCCAUGGCCAACAGGAACGCCAAGCGCAGGAACUCCCUGGAGGCCCAGAACAGCGACGACAGCCUGAUGCGGCACCGGGCCCUGCUUCCCCUGCAGAACAGCGAGCCCCUCAGCGCUGAGCCUGGCUUCCAGGCAGCUUCCAGCCCGGAGACCAGCUCGCAGGAGUCGGUGGGAGACACCAAAGAAGAGGUACCAAGCCCUGAGGUGGAGCCUUCCCUGCCAUCGGCUAACUCCCGAAAUUUUAUAGGCGCUGGAGGCGGCUCUGUCACAGAGAACACGGUACAUUCCUAA